AUGUUCGAACGUUCUCUUCGUGACGAUCUUUGCAACGAAUCGAACGAGAAUUUGGGACAACACCCGCCUGCGGACCGUGCUAUACAAGCCAGGAAUCAAAUCCACGGUACCGAUAAAGGUACCGACAACGUCCUGGUACAAGUUGUCCAAGUUAACUGCGCCGUCACAUCCCAUCCUCACAAGCCACAUACACUGGCGGGCACCUCAGUGGCAGUGACCUCCACUCUCCCUAACGCGCUCGCCUGCCCGUUCGUCAGCACGUUCAUCGCCUGGGGUGACACCGUAAACCCAUCCUUCGACACAUCCAUUAGCGUCGUUCCAGUUCGCGCGGAGGAAAGGCAGAGGGAACGUGAGCAACGCGAAGUGGCCGAGCGGGAAGGUCAGGCAGCCGAGGAAAGGGCACGGGAAGCGGAGGAAGCAAAUGCGAAGUUGCUCCAAGAACUGGAGGCGUUGAAGAGAGCGGUGGCAACGUAUACCACUGACAUUCUGCUGCUGAGUUGGCAUAGCUUUGUACACUCCCUGAGUACCGUAACCACGACGAGGCUGUCCCUCGACGAAGACGUCCGACUGUACACCACCAACGCAGAACGGGAGAAAUACUCUCUUCUAGCUACGUUCUUCGGUAUUGUAGUCGCACUGGACUUUCUGGAACGCGCAUACGUCCGCGAUUCAAUUACUGCCGCUGAGUUGUUGCCGCAGUAUAUGACGAUGCUCAAGUUGGUCAAGGAUUCGAUCCCGUCGAUCAAGGAGUUCAUGACCCGCUAUCGCCUUGACACGCUUGCUGCGUUGCAUAGGAUCAAGGUAGGGGUACCCGUUACGGUGGAUUCGAGCGAGGCUGGUCCGGAGACUGGAAAAUGGAUAGCUGAAACGACACAGAACUUCAUAACCUUCAUGGACGCACUCGAGUUACGUCUACGUGCAAAAGAUCAGCUACAUCCUAUCCUUCAAGAACUCGUUACGGGGUACACGAGGUUGAUCACCUUCAACGGGAUGAAAGCCUCGGAAGAGCUAACAGAGGAACAAUCAAGACAAGAUCUUGACUGGCUUGGAAAGGACAUGAAGAAUGAUAAAUGGCAUGAGUUUUUCAACUCAGUCAUCACUCAGGAUCAAGAACUUUAUGGCAAGAACAUUGGAUCCAUCCUACUGCCUCUCCCCACACAUCUUGUAUAA